GUCCACGUGGGAUUAAAAAAUUCACCAGUAAUAAUACAGCAUUCAACCACGUCAGCUCAGUCUCUCCUGCGCAUCACUCACAUAUGUUUUUGGGCUUCGUUAAGUUGGGUUGGUCUUCAAGAUGUAUCCAGGCCCUUUUUUAUUAUACGUUGAUGAAGUGUUGCGUUUCAAUUAGGGUUAACUGUUCUUCUUCUUCCCUUCUCCAGAACUGAUAUUUCUUAGGUGUUCUCGAUCGCUCUUUCAUCUUCUUCGUUAGAUGCCAAAACGAAACCAGUAACCGGAAAUAAUAUUAAAACCCUCCGUUAAUCUCUUGCACACUAUCUCUAUUUAAUGCAAUUUCUGUUUCUGUAAGACGGUGGAGGUUCAUCUAUAAAAAGACGGGACACUCUUCCUCUUCUGUUGAAGACGGAUUGCUUCGUUUCUGGGAGUCCAGGAUUUUCCACCGUGGUAGAGAGCUUAUGGGAGUGGAUAUGCUCUUACUGAAUUCUCAGGUCUUAUUUAACUCCCCCUUUUGUCCAUUAUCAUAUUAUUUAACCGGUUUAGUUCUUUAGUUUUAUAUAUUUUUUGCUACUGAUUUUGAUGGAAAGAGAAGGAAGUUGAAAGGUGGGUCUGUGAAUGAAACUUGAAACUUCAUUAAUUACUCCAACCCCAACAGACCAUGGCACACCUGUGAUAAUGACAAUUGAAAAUUAGAUGUUUUCUUAAACAUUUUUCACCGUUGUAAUACUGGUCAUGAUUUUCUUCUCUUGAGAGAUUUAUGUAUUUUUAUGUGUGCGUAGGUUACCUGGAAGAAGCGGAAGCUCUACAGCAAAGAUUUUAGGGAAAGAUAUGGAGUCAAGGCAAAAAGGGCUUUUGCGUGGAGAAGGAACACCUGAGUCUGUGAGUGGCAGGCAGGACAGAGUCUACAGUGUUCUUAAAAGAGGAAGAAGAUGAUAGUCUUUUGAUUUUUGGAUGGUUUUUCAUGAGAAAAUCGAUGACAUGUGUUUCACUUGAGGUUGAAUUGCGGAAAAGCUUUCCAAAGAAGAGAUUCUCAGUGUAACGUAUAAGAAACUCAAAAAAGCAUUAUUCAAAGAUUCGACAUCAAUCUUGACAACUUGGACAUCAGUAGCCAGUCACAAUGCUUGCUUGGAGCCCUUAGCUAUUGCAGGUCUGAUUCCUUACAUCAAAAGUUCUGAUUUUUUUUCUUACUCCCUGUCUAAUGAUCAAGAAGUUUUUAAUACAAUCUGAUUUUAUAUAUCAAUGAAUUCUACUUACAACAUCUUUCUCAUAGGUAUUUUGAUGAUUUAAGCAUUUAGUUGGUUACUUUUUGGUUUACACUUGGUCAAUAUCAUCUUCCUCUGUGUUCAUAAGCUUAAUCUAUGACCUUUGUGAUUUAUUUUUUUCAAUUGUUCAUAUUAUAAAGGUAAAUUGAAUUUGGAGUUUGCCGUUUGAAUGGUAAGGGUCUGCAUUAAGCUUGGUUUUUAGGACCAAUCAGGCACUGUCACACCUCUGUGCAAGGUCUUCAUCAAGAUAUCAGCAAGAGAUGAAUCACAAAGAAGGACACGAAAUCUGAAGUUUGGCAGUAUUAUCUACAAUGCUGCAAAGAUUAUUUUUGAUAUCGUUCUCUUUCUUCUCUUAACAUGUUCGCCGGAUAAUUGUGUGCGUAUAGUAAUUCAUGAUGACAAGUCAAAACUUUUACUUGGCAUAAUGAGUUUUUUUCAUUGUCGCUUUAUACUUUUUUGUAAAGUUAUGACGUCAGUUCCACCAAGCAACAAAACAUGUUAAUAGGAAGGAGAUGUGCAGUAGACUUCAAGCAUCACCAAUGAAAUCGACGUGCCAUUAACCAGUACUACAAAGCUCUUUGUAUUGUGCUCUAGAGAUUAAAUGUUUUUUGGUCAACGGAACGGCUUAUAAAUUAACCGUAUUACAAAGCUCUUUGUCUUAUGCUCCCGAGAAAAAAAUAAACGGCUUAUAAAAUUAGGAAAACCACCAAUCAGUCUCCGCACACAUAAAAUUAGGCAUAAGUUUAUUUAUCUAGAAUUGAAGAACCAAACCAUACGGACUAAAAAUAUUGAAACCAAAACCGAAUCAAAUGUGUUUGUUGCAGACACAUCAACACAUCAAGGAAAGGUCCAAAUACAAAAAUUACAAUUAUUUUUGAAAAUUUUCAAUCACUAUUUAACUUUGAAUCCAAUCAAAAUUUUUUUUUUUUUUUUUGGUAACAAUUAAUAAUGUAGUUAAAGUACAUAAUUUAAUCUCAAAUACAUAAAUUUUACAAAAUAAAUAGAAAAUUCAUAAAGCAAGAAUGUUAAAAUAACCACCAAACUUAUGUUCAGAUCAUAAAAAAUGGUAAAAACCCACAACCAAUGGUUACUCCAUAAUCAAAUUAAAGAUUCACAAAGAUUAGUUUAAUAACAAGACAUAAAAAUGAAAAAAAAAAUUAAAAAAUUCUGAAAAUGCAUAAGAUAACUUGAGCUUAGCCAAAAGUUUAGUCAAUUGGUGGUUUGUAGUUUCUUACAGGCUUCCUCCUGCUCCAAGUUUCCUUUAAACACUCCCAAUAUAUGUGAAUGUCUUUUUUCGUUGUUAAAUAAGUUUGAAAUUCCAACAAAAAUUUAGCAAACAAAUCAUACAUUUAGUAAAUAAUUCAUAAUAUAAUUCUAAAAUAAAUAAUUUCAGUAAUAAAUAGAGUAAUUGAUAAGAAUGAAAAGAAAUCAAAUAAAAAAGUAAGUACACUCCUACAUAAAAAUAAAAAGGUUUAUGUUUUUAAUAUUAAUAGCGUAUAUAAGAAAAAAAACAUACAAUUAUGUUUUACAAAUUAUAUAUCAACUAUUCGAAACUAAAAUGUUAAACUAAAUACAAUAUAUUAAAACUUCUGCCCGACUAUCCUAAAAACCAUUAUAAAAAAAUGAGAACUCUCUCAUUCUAAAGCUGGCACGUCAAUAAUUAGACUUCUCAGUGCGCGACCCCUAUCCCACAAACACAAAACUCAUCGUUUCAUUUAAUUUAAAAUUCUAAUUGUUGCCGGUUUUACUAUGUGUUUGGGUCUUAGGAUGAAGAGACCACCCGACCGGCCCGAUAGAGUCGAUCCCAAUCUUCUCUUUACGCCGUAGGGUUCAUCUCCUCUUUUUGUUCGAUUGCGACAUCUGAUCUUCAUCACCGAAACGCUUCCAGUUAAUUAAAUCAACCAGAUGUAGUCUUGAAUGCGAGGCGGUGUAAGUAUAUAAGGUUAGCCUUCCUCCUCUGAAAACCGUCUUUUGAAUCAAUCACGCAGUAAGUUUACUUUCUGACAAAUGAUUAACUCAUCCAUCUUCCUUUCUGUUUGAAGACUCGCUGCUGCUCCACUGAUUGAGAUGCCGAAGUUGAUGACAAAGAGUGGACCUUGAAUUGAGGUUUGCAGAAUUUCUCAAAUAAUUGCAAAAAAUCACUUUCAGGAAUCGACCAUACUAUUCUGUCUCCUCAUGGUAUCUUCGCAUGUUCAUCAUAAGUUUCUUCUAUGAACUUCUCAUAUUUCUUAAGGUCGGUUGUGGAUUAUUUGAGAAGAUUUUAUUUUCUUGGUUUCAAAUUUUCUUGGCACAUACAAAAAAUAACAAGAGUCAAGUUCAAUGCAUGAGUUUAAAAAACAACUUUUAAUAACAAAUAAAAAGAUUAUCAUCAAGAAAACAAAACUAAGAAGAACUUUCCAUCAUCUUCCAACUUAUCUAUAUAUUCAUAAGUCAGUCUUGCUAAUUUGUCAAACUAAUAAAACAAUCUAUUACAAAAAUGUGAGUAGAUAAAACUAAUAAAAUUAUAUACAACACUGAAAUAACAUAAAUCAGAUAAUCUCCAUCCUUUUAUACCAUAUUCUAUAUUCUUAAUAGUUUAUUAACAUGUUUAUUCUAUAAAAUUUGAUAUUCACACAAAAAUCAAUAGUUAAAUGUCUACAAGCAAUUUUCCGCGCGUAGCGCGGACAAACGAUCUAGUUUACUUAAAACGUCAAAAGCUGUUAUCUUGUGCGAAAGCCCGGUCAUUAAAGGGAAAACCUUACUGAACAUUCUUUGGUUAUACCGCCGUUGAUGUAAAACGUGGCAAUAAUACACACGUAGGUACACACGUGCGCGCAUAUAUAAAUUACAAUACAUAUAGAUAGACCCCUCUCAAGAGAGGUCGAAGACGAAGAAGAGCAAAAUGGACUGCAGAAAACACGAGCACCAAGGCAACGAAGGAGUAUGCCCUUCUUGUUUAAGAGAUAAACUCUCUCGCUUACCCCAUACGACGACGUCGUACUACAUCACAAACCGAUCGAGUUCCUCAUCCACCACCGUUUCGCCAUCUCCCUCGUCGCCGCCGACGGCGGUUAAAGAUCACCACCGGAGAGCUGGUUCGAUGUCGAUGUCGUUCGCUGUGAGGGAAGCGUUGAGUGGUAAUCUGAUGGAAGGGCUGAAGAAAAGCAGAUCUAUGGCUCAUGCUCCGAGGGAUUCGUAUAACGUUAGUGAUUCGAAGAAGAAGAAGAAGAAGACUGGUUUUUGGAAGAAGUUGCUUCAUCUGAAAGGGAAAGGCGGUGGUGCCGACGUUGGUGGGUUGGUUACUUCACGGCAACGCGUGUUUUAACUAACUGACUGACUUUUUUUUCACUCAGAUAUUUUCUAUUUUGAUUGUGUACAGUUACAGAUAAAAAACAAAGGUCUAAUGGUGGAAAGUAAUGAUCAAGUGAUUUUUUUCUGAUAGUAUGAAAUUAGAGUUUGGUUUCUUAUGAUUUCAA